GAGCAGCAGUGAAGCCUCUCCAGAGCCCCACCUGCGCAAUUAUUCGACUUCCCCUCCCUCGCUCCCGCCCCGCGUCUCUCUUCACCCUCUGUCCCGUCCUUGCUCGCGCAGCCAUGGCGGAGCCGUCGGCGGCCACUCAGUCUCCGUCCGUCUCGUCGUCGUCCUCCGGGGCCGAGCCCUCCGCGCCGGGCGGCGGCGGGAGCCCAGGAGCCAGCCCCGCCCUAGAGGGGAAGAGCUGCGACUCGUCCUGUGCGGAUUCCUUUGUUUCUUCCUCUUCCUCUCAGCCUGUAUCUCUAUUUUCGACCUCACAAGAUAACCCUACCCUGACCACACUGCAUGGAGAAAAAGCCAGCACAGUCGGCAGCCAACCUGUUGUUGCAAAAGAUGUCAACCCGACCCUCGGGAACAUGAAGGAGGUGGAGAGUCCUCAGGGGACAAAGAACAAUGAGGGAGCACCCUGGACUCAGCCUUCCAUCCCAGCCAGCUUCCCACAAGCUCCUGCUUUUCUCCCAAAGGAAGUUGGUCACAAGGAAAUGAAUGAAGAGCAAGAGGCCAAGGGCCCGGCUGCUGUCCCAAGUCGGGAUGCUAAGUCUGUGCCGGUGGCAGAUGGCAAGUUAACCUUGCUCUCAGCUCAGAGAGCAGGCGCCGGGCAGCCCGAGGCAGGAGGCGUUCCUCCCAGCUCUUUAUCCCCACCCCCAAACGACACGAUUGAGAAGGAGUCCCCCGAGUCGCCAUUUGAAGUCAUCCUGGACAAAGCUGCAUUUGACAGGGAGUUUCAGGACUCCUAUAAGGAGAGCCUUCGGGAUUCGGGGAGCUGGGCAGCGCCUGCUGAUGGUGAGUCCACAGCCGACCUGGCCGAGAGGAAAGACCAAUUGUUCCCCCUGCGUAGUAAAGAGCUGGGGCGCUACCCAACCUCUUCACUGCUCACCCGACAGUUCUCACACACAACUGCCACACUGGAAGAAGUGUCUCGGUGCGUCAGUGACAUGCACAACUUUACUAACGAAGUACUGACCUGGGAUCUGAUUCCCCAGGCGAAGCAGCAGUCUGACAGGUCUGACUCCAACAAAGUAACAACCAGACUCGAGGAGGGUGAAUAUAAUUCCAUCAUCCCCGUGGUCAAUCUGAAAGCUAACUCGGGCCAGAAAAUUCCCGUAUGUUCCACAAAUGGGAACAAUCCCUUCAUCAAAUCUGCAGGUGGCAGAGCAGACUGUCUUGAUUCUGCAAGGGAUGUUGGCAUCAAAGACGUGGGAGGCAAUGUGCAGCAAGCAAAGGACACCCCUUUAGGGUUACCUGGCUCUUCGUUUGAGAAAUGUGUCUCUUUGGGAUCUGGGGCGGCCACCAGGAAAGUGGCUUUGCCUAGUGACCACCCAAAAGAUGAAGUGACCUGGCAGAGCUCUGCAUUGGGAGAAAUGACAGAGGCUGACAGCUCUGGCGAGUCUGAUGACACAGUAAUAGAGGACUUCACAGCCGACAUGUCAUCUCACAGUUGCGCAAAAACAGGCGAAAGAGACAUGGGAGAGAUUCCCAGUCGCCCCAGAGAAAACAACCCAUCGGAAAGCUCUGUAGAGUCCAUCAGUGACUCAGAACUGAGCCAAGCUCAGCCUAAUCCUCUUGGAAGGAGUCCAGUUGGUAAGGUGACUCCUGCACAGGUACCUGCAGUGAACUUCAGCUCAGAAGCUGUGAAACAGCCCCAGAAUCUGAGUGACGUUGCGCCUGAAGAGCCUAUUGUAACCGCAGAUGAUGAGACAGAAUCCUCCCCUCUGAAUGUGACAGCUUCAGCCUAUUGGGAGGCAUCGUGUGGGAAAAAUGUGAAAGAUUUGGAUGAUUCCUCCCCAGAGGACCUGCUAACAGCCUUCACCGACUCCCAAGAGAAAGGGAUUGUGCUCAGCGCUGAAGGCAAUGCCUUCGAAGCAGGAUCCGAGAAGAAGACGGAAUGUAGGAGGGCUCUCCCUGAAGGACUCUUGCGUCAGUCCGGUAGCUCCAAAGUUCAGGGCACAAGAAGCGACGACACAGACCAAAGUGAAGAAGAAACUAAGAGCGAGCCUCGGGGUUGUUCCCCUCUGCAGAGUACUCUGGUAGCAUCUCUUGACUUAGAACAGGAACAGCUGACCAUCAGAGCCCUGAAAGAAUUAGGGGAAAGGCAGGCCAAGGAGCCAGCUUCUGCACGGGGUGAAGUGGAAUCGCCUCCUGAAGAAAUUGCCAAGCAAACGUUCACAUUUGUUCCAGAUUCUUCUUUUAACACCCUUGAACGUUCAACGGUCAAGGCUGAAUCUGAUCUUGGGAAUUCUGAAAACCCUGCUCUUUUCAAAGACACUGUUAGGGUAGAUUCCAUUUCCAGCCUUAGCAAGACUGAACUGGUAGACAAGCAUGUCCUAGCAAGACUUCUGACAGACUUCUCAGUGCACGACCUGAUUUUCUGGAGAGAUGUGAAGAAAACCGGGGUUGUCUUUGGCACCACACUGAUUGUGCUGCUGUCCCUAGCCGCCUUCAGUGUCAUCAGCGUGAUCUCUUACCUCAUCCUGGCUCUUCUCACCGUUACCAUCAGCUUCAGGGUCUACAAGUCUGUCAUCCAAGCUGUGCAGAAGUCAGAAGAAGGCCACCCAUUCAAAGUCUACCUGGAUGUGGACAUCACUCUGUCCUCAGAGGCUUUCCAUAACUACGUGAACGCUGCUAUGGUGCACGUCAACAAGGCCCUGAAGCUCAUCAUUCGCCUCUUUCUGGUGGAAGACCUGGUUGACUCCUUGAAGCUGGCUGUCUUCAUGUGGCUGAUGACCUACGUCGGUGCCGUUUUCAAUGGAAUCACCCUUCUGAUUCUCGCUGAACUGCUCGUGUUCAGCGUUCCCGUCGUCUACGAGAAGUACAAGACCCAGAUCGAUCACUAUGUGGGCAUCGCCCGGAAGCAAACCCAGGCAAUCGUGGACAAGAUCCAAGCAAAACUCCCUGGAAUCGCCAAAAAGAAGGCCGAAAAGAAGGCCGAAUGAGCCCCCGAAACCAGAUACUGCAUAAGUUACUAAAAUCCCGCGUAAUAGUUUUAACAAUGUUACUUGUCUCAGAAGGGACUAGCUCGAGGCCUCUCGAGCCUGCAUCCCAAGCUUAUUUUUUAAUUUGGUGUUUUCUCUCCUCUUUCCCUUCACCCCUCCAUAUCAAGCACAGGAAUUGUUGGACUGGGAAAAAAAAAGAUUUUUUAUGAAGAAUCGAAUGACUAGGAUCGAUCAAUACCUGGCUGCUGGUGGAGCUUUUCCCGGUAGUUGGAUGAGGGAAAGGGAAGCUUGAGACACAGCUCCUGGGCGCUUCUCACCCGUUGGGACGUGUCUCAGUCUGACACAGUGUACCCAUUGUAGUUUCCCCCUUUUUUAAGUUAAGAAAUGCUGGUUAAUUUAUGAAGAAAUGACCUAGGGACAGCUGUGGGAGUUUCGUUUGGGUUUGGGGGUUGUAAUCCUGUCUUCCUGCCCCGCACCGGAGCAGCCUCCCUUCAUAUUCCGCCUGCUCGCUGAAAUUCACCUGGUGACAGCAAGACCUAGCCAGCCUGCCUCCUCUAGCCCUGCUGCUGAGCCAGCUUGGCAACGGGACAGGAAAGGGGAGGGAGGAGUGUGAUGGUGAGAGGCUGCGCCCCCCUACCCCCAGCAGCCCAGGACAGGAAAAGCUCUACCACGAGGGCUGGCGGUGUCCAUCAUUCCUGUGGGGACACCAGUUCUUGAGCAUCAGUUUGAAAACUCCUUCCCUGAAACGUGCUUGCCUCCCCCUUCCCUGCCCCUGCCCCACCCCGCCCUCUGCUGUUUCAUAAAUAUGGUUGUACUUUUCUUAUGAAAUAAAUGUCUGUAACUGCUGUACACCGCUGUAAACGUGUUAGAAAAAACAGUACCAAUCUGCAGUGGGCUCCUCCAGUGCCGAGUUCCUGUCCCCCGUCUCAGGCGGAGUGGGGGCAAGUAGUCUGAAGAGAUGAACCACGGAAACGCAACACUUGGGUUGGUUUUGUUUGCUUUUUAAUCUUUAUCUUUUCCCUCCCCUCUGCCUGCUCUUCCCAACCUGCAUCUGUAACCUCAGUGAACUGUCCACCCGAAGGACCAAAUCCGUGCAAGGUGACGUGUCUGUGCCCUGGGUGUGCUUCCCAGGGAGCUGUGACCGCCGGGCGCCUGGCUUAGGGCAGCAGACCAGGGCUUGUGGGGUCUCUGCCGUUUCAGAGCUGUGGCAAGGCUGGCUGACUGCUGCUGCUGCUGUUGCUGCGAGCCUUUCUCCACCAAUGGGAGGGGAAGGUAACCAGGCUGGAUUGUGGGUGGGCCUGAGGCCGGGCCACUCCCAACAGACAGGCAGCAGAUGGGGAGCAAUAGGGAAUCCUGAAUUCUCAUCUUGAGACUUCCGGUCUGCCUCCUUUUUCCACACAGUCCGUGCUGCGAUCAACUUGGAAGGAAAAGUCAUGAGUUCCUCUCGGUGGCUCUAAUGGGCAGUUAUGAGAUGACCCCUCCACCCCCAAGAGGGUCUGCCCUGGUGACUAAGGGCUGACAUCGGAGGUCCCACAGCACUGCAGCAGCCUUGGGAGGUAGUAGAAGGGGCUUUUCCCUCCCUUCUUAAAAAACCCCUUUUUUGCAAAUUAAGGAUGUGGAUGGUUGAGAGGUACCUCAUUUCCAUUUGUUUAACUUCCUUUGAAAGCUUCUACCUGACUGCUGUCACAGCAGGUGCUCUCUUGUGACUGCUGGGGGGAGACUGAGGCUGACCUAUGUGCCAUGCAGAUGUGAGGCAUUUUUGUCUUUAAGAAAAACCUAUAGAUGAGAAAUGUGUACUGAAACUGUGGGUGUACGUGCGUGCAACAUAAAAGUACAGCAGCCCCUGGUAGCGGACACCGUGGUCCUUGUAAGCCUGCAGAUUGAUGUGGUAUUAAUAAAACAAAACCAACAACAA